AUGUUUUCUUCUCCACCUCCUUCUUCCUCACGAUCUUUCCUUUCUUCUUUUUCUUCUUCUUAUCGCUUUCCGCCAUCUUUUAUUUUUCUUCCUCUCAUAUUUGUCUUCUACGACUUUCCUCUCUCUCUCUCUCUCUCUCUCUCUCUUCUUAUUCUUCUUCUGUUUCUUUUCUUUCCAUUUCUUCUCUCUCUGUUCAGUUCCUUUUUUUUCUUCUUCGUCUUUUUUUAUUUAUUCAUUUCCUUUUUUUCUUUUUCCUUCUUGUUCUUCCACUUCUUUCUAUUUCUAUCAUUUCAUUUACUUUCCCUUUCAGCUCCAUUUCCUCUCCUUUUUGUUAUUGCUUUUCAUUUUCUUUCUUUCUUUCUUUCUUUCUUUCUUUCUUUCUUUCUUCUUCUUCUUCUCCCCCUCUUCCUCCUUCUGAUUUUUCUCAUUAAUCUUUCAUUGUUUCUUUCCUUCAUUUUACUUUCUUUCUGUUCUUUCCCUUCUUAUUGUACUUUUUUAAAUACCUUUUCUUCCCCUUUCAGAAGUUUUUCUUUCCCUUCUUCGUUUUUCUUUCUUGCAUUUUACUUUCUAUUCUUAACCUUUCUUCUUCUUCUUCUUCUUCUUCUUCUUCUUCUUCUUCUUCUUCUAUUUACUAAAACUACUACUAGUAGAAAAAACAUUACUCGAAUUUUCUUUCUUCUUCCUUUCUUUUUCCCUUUUCUUCUUCAUCUUUCGCUUUUUCUUCCUUUUUUGCUUCUUCUUCUUCUUCUUCUUCUUCUUCUUCUUCUUCUUCUACUACUACUACUACUACUAGUAGUACAACUACUACUACUACGACGACGACUUCUUCCUCUUCUUCUUUUCCCCUCUUCUUCUUCAUCUUCCGCUUUUUCUUCCUUUUUUGCUUCUUCUUCUUCUUCUUCUUCUUCUUCUUUUAACUUACUUAGUACAACUACUUACUACUACGACGACGACUUAAAAUUUCUUCUUCUUUUUCUUCUUCUUCAUCUUUCGCUUUUCUUCCUUUUUUUUCUUUCUUCUUCUUCUUCUUCUUCUUCUUCUUCUUCUUCUUCCACUACUACUACUAGUAGUACAACUACUACUUUGAAACGACGAAAUUUUCUUCCUCUUCUUCUUUUAUUUAUUUUUUCUUUUCCCUCUUUUGAAAUCAUCUUUUCUUUUCUUCCUUUUUUUUUUCUUCUUCUUUUCUUCUUCUUCUUUUUAUUACUACUACUAUUCUUAUUCCUAUCUCUCGAUUUUCUCCUCUCCCCCCACGAUUUCAAGCAGCGUCUCCCUGUUUUUAAAUGUUGCUUCACGCACAGAUGGACCACUCUUGUUUUAAUUGGCAAUUAA